GUGACGUUUCGCCGCAUUGGUCAAGCGGCGCACCCUCUGUAUGGUAACCUUGUUUUGCCGAAAAAAGAAAUGUGAUUUGCUUCUUGAUGGCGAAUUGAGAAAGGUUGGAAUUUUCAUCAUCCAAAACGCUCGCUCCAACGUAGUAUGACUACCGCGUUCAACUCUACAUCGUAGCAGCAGCAGCAGCAGGUUAAACAAUCAGGCCCAGUGGACACCCGCUCAUAACAUCAGAGCUUACGUCUUACCGAAAAUCUCGAGACGGUUCGUGCAGGUUAGAGAACAUCAACUUCAUCACCCAUUGCAGCAACUAGCCGAAAACUUAGCAGAACUCAACUAUCCAACAGCCCCCUGCAGCUACAUUAUAUUCAUUUCGAACGUGUGUGAAAUAGGGGUGAAUUAGAAAGACUUCCCAACAUGGCUGACCAGCAAGCUAGUGUUGAACAGCAGCAGGCACCGCCGCCUCCACAACAACAGGCAGCACAGCAACAACCGCAACAGACGGUUUCGGGCGAGCAGCCACCACAGUCACAACCCGCCCCGUCGCAGGAUGCCGGCCAGAAGCCGGCAGCUGCAUCCGGCGCCUCACCUUCCGCCGCUGCACCGCCACAACCGCAGAAGGAAAUCAUUGCCACUAAGGUAACCGGUGUGGUGAAAUGGUUCAACGUGAAGAGCGGUUACGGUUUCAUCAACCGGGGCGACACACAGGAGGACGUAUUCGUGCACCAGUCCGCCAUUGCGCGAAACAACCCAAAGAAGGCCGUCCGCUCUGUGGGCGAUGGUGAGCAGGUCGAGUUCGAUGUAGUGAUCGGAGAAAAGGGCAACGAGGCGGCCAACGUGACCGGACCACAGGGGGAACCGGUGAAGGGUAGCCAGUAUGCGGCAGAAAAGCGUCGAGGCUUCCGUCACUGGUGGCAGAAGCGGGGCCAACGUCGCCCAGGACAGACCCGCGGCAAGGAUGGUCAGCUCGAAGGUGGUCAGGGCGAUGGUCAGCCGCAGAAUGAUGGACAGUUGCAGCAGCAGCCGCAGCAACACCAGCAACAGCAGCCGCAGCAGGUGCCCGUUAAUAAGCAGCAGCAACAACAGCCGCAGCAGCAGCCCCGUCGCUACCGCCCACGAGGACGCGGGGGCUAUGCGUCUUAUUAUUCCCGUCCCGCACCCCGUGGACCACGCCGCGAUAUGGUGAUGGGUGACAAUGGACAAAUGGACAACAAUAUGAUGGAUGAUAAUGGUGGCAUGCGCGGUCAGGGUGGCCGUGGCGGUGGUGGUCCGCGUCGAUUUUUCCGACGCAACUACCGUAGCGGUGGCCGCGGUGGUGGCAUGGGUGGUCCACCAGGACCCCGCCGUGGAGGCUAUCGGCCAGAUUAUCAAGCCGACUACCAGCAGAACGGUGGUGGCCAGGAACAGAUGGCGCCUCGCCGCGGCGGUGGCAUGCAGGGACGCGGUUCUGGCGGUCGGGGACGUUUCCCGCGCCGCGGCCGUAACCCGCAGCGCCCGCGCAAUGAUGGUGGCAUUAACAACGCCGUCCAGAACACAACCACCGAAAGUUCGGCAUAAAGCGGGCAAUGCAACAUACGCCCCUAACCACCAGAUGCCAACCACUAACUUGCAUCACCACCAUAUAACCGCUCGAGUAACAACAGAGACGGAUGGUCGCGCCUAGUAUCAUCCUUUACAUCGCGCGGCCAAACAACACGCACCGAGUUAACGAACAUCAUCUCUCGAAUCGUUCCAAAAACCCGCCAACAAUUCACGACCGAUCGAUCGCCUCUCAUCGAACGACACAACACCAUCGUGGAUGAACAGCAACAUUAAAAACGAGUAACGAGUAAGUACAAGCUCAUACAUAUUUUUGCGUUUUACCAUCACUAUCGCGCAAUUCGAGUCCUUACCUUCGUUAUCGUGUUUUUAUAGAACACAUGAAUAUUAAGAAGCGAACGAACAGAAAGCGAGCGCCGCGCGCACAUAAGCACAAGUGCAAGUUGUGCAACUAACACCCCACAAUCGUCAUUCUCGGGUCUUUGUUCGGUGCGUGUAUUUUCUAUAAAAUAAAAUAUAAGAAAAGGAACACAGAUGUGGAAGAAGCGAGUAUAUUAUUUAAAAACAAGUGAAUAAUGAAUAACAAUUAAACAUAAAACAUACAUUGCACUAUCCUUUACUUGAGCAGCAAGAAAUAUUACUAGUAAAAGAAAAUUCACAAGAGACGAGGAAACAGAAACAAGUGUGUAAACUGAAUUGGCUAACUAAGCGAAAGGAAAACUUCUUGAUUGAGUGCGAGGAGGAGCCGUUUGAUCGUCUCCUCCGUCGUCAUAACAACAUUGAUAGAUAAUGUAGCAAGAGAUCCCUGGGAGUAAGGAAAACAUACAUAUAGAAAGCCUGCUAAUUUGAAAUGAUAUCAAGAUCAUCAAGUAUAUUUUCUGUCGCUGCUGCUGCUGCCGCGUGUUGGUCACGCGCGUCCUCGGCAAACAUCAUCCUUCCAUCGACAGGAGGACGGCCGCGGCGACCUGUGCGUAUGGGUAACGAACGAACAUUGGAACUUAACAUCUAGUAACCAGAGUUACUAUAUUAGCGCGCACAGGCACAAUCGGUAACAUUGCCGCGUACGAGAUAAAGGACCCAGAUCGUCUCGUACCCGAAGCAUCAAUGAUGAUGCACAUUAGUAAAAUUGAUAUGGAACAACAACAUGCAGAGAAAGCUAGCUCGCUAGAAUAGAAGAUAGCAAGAAGCAAGGGCUGGGCUUGUUCGUGUUUGGUGUGUUUGUGUGUAUGAGUGUGUGUAAGUGAACAUUUGAAGGCCACAGGUUUUCCUAUCAGGUGUGAGAAGAAAAUGGAAAUAAUACGCCACGGUUCCAAAUUUGCAUACAGCUUCAAUUACGCGACAAACAGUACACUUACUUAACACACACACACACGCACAGUAACAAUUAUAUAACUGGCAAUAUUUGAAUUUCGGUUCAUCAUUUCAAUCAAGUGUUGUCCAUAAUUUCAAUCAUUUUAAGCUUCAAUUUUCCUCCCCAAAAAUGUCGUGUGUGUUUCAUGGAUAUUGUAAAUCCUGAUUGGAACAGUACUGGGAACAGAGAUGAUUAUAAUGUGAAACAAUUUUUGGAAGCACGCGUUUGUUACUACUUCCAACACGGACUAAUAACAGAUGGAUUGUUGAUAAAACAUAAAAGUAACAACAGCACGACAAACCAACACACACAUGAUUUGAUUAAAAGAUGCAACAACCAUAUACAAACUACUAAAUAUAAUAAGCAGCAACUCCUAGAAAUGAAACCAUCUUGCAAAGAUGAGUCUUUCUCUGUGUGUGUGUUUGUGUGUGUGUGAAGUGUACGGCAAACAAGAACAAUUAACCAGGAAACAUUUGAGUAACAUAAGUACGUUUGAGUUUUGAGUAAAAUAAUUGUCAGUUUGAAGUUAAAUAACAUGUUAGUAGAAACGAAAAAAAAAACAGCAGAAGGACAAGGGGCGAGAAAAUUCAGCCCACAGCAGUGUUUUACAGCAAACAAGCCUCUAACCAAGUGUGUAACGAGGUUGGAACGAGAAAAUUUAUGAAAGUGGAAAAAGAAGGAAGGUAAAUUGAACAACAAAAAAAAAGGAAACAAUUCUACAGCCGGAUGCUUUAUCCGUUCCAGCCUCGUGAAGGUUUGCAAUAGAACUUACUACACCUAAAUGAUAAUGAACAUUUCAACCAACGUGUAAAACCUAACCACACGCCAUUGCGCACAUCACGUAAUCCACACGAUAAUGUAAGACGCGAACGCGAACAAAAGUGCGUUCUUUACCAGUGACAGAGAAAAAAGAAAAACAUACCCACAAGAACAGAGUUUAGUACCGGUAUACUGCGAUUAGAAAAUGAAGCGCUUGUUAACAGGGCAAUAUGGGAUGAUGAAGAAAAAUCUUCCGUGCAACAUCAGCCCACACAGCAUGCUGCGCUCUCCGAUCACGUGGCUUAGUAGGCCUCCAUUUUCUAUCAAAACUUCACGCUCGGUACUACAGCGCAUACAUUGAAGGAUACGUGUUCAGGUAUUAGUUUUUUCCGUUUUUCUCGCUCUGUUUUACGAUGAUGUGCGCGUACGCGCGCGCGUGUGUGUGUGUGUGUGUAUAAUGGGUUUUGAUUUUCCGAUCUAAUUUCCCUGAAACUGUUUUUACACCAUAAAAAACCACGGCUGUUUGUGCGUUAGAUUGUGUUUUGUUUUUAAAUCUUCCCAGCUUAAAUCAUUUUAUCAGCGCUACAUCCUUACCUUAGCUUAAGAUCGUACAAAUGGUUGAUUGGAUUUAUUGCUUUUUAACAAAAUUGUGUUUUUAUUACUACCCAUUUCGCCUCCCCCUAUUACAACUACUAUCAUCAACACAGCAACACACAAUCGAUGGGAUUUAGGGCAUAAACCAUCAUUCUUCGCUCUACACCGGCAUAUUGAAAAUUAACAAUCGCGCAGCUAAUCAGACAUUCCUCCAACAAGGCGUGCUUCAAAAUAGACAGCAAUUCCCAACUGAGCGGCCCGCUGUGUCACGGAGGAUAUUUUUAGCAUUUGCGAGAAGUCUCUCGAACGAGCAAGAAGCGCUCGGUCGGCCACACACUAGCCUAGAGCGUGCGUGUGCGUUCCGGGUUUUAGGGGAAGGUUUUUCUUUUUUGCUUCCUUUUGGUUUUUUCAUCAGAGAACCAAACACAACCGGGUGUUGUGUGAUUGUGACCCACGGGGAAGAACUGCAUUAUGCUGCAAAAUUUCAAUCAACCGGCCAGAAGAACGGGUUUUUUGCGAAUUAUACGAAACAAUGAUUUGUUUUUUGUUUUGUUUUGUUUUGUUUGCCCCUAAUCCCAUUCGUGAGGCGAAUUUUAUUAGAAUCUAGUUAAGGUUUGUGUUUUUUUACCAUUGCCACGGUUUGAUAUAGCAGGAAAUUACAUAUGAAAAUGUUAAGUAAAAAAAAACAACAAAUUAUUAAUUAUUAACAACAAAUACACAUUUACUCCCUGUCUUUGGUAAGUUAAAGAAAGUUUUGGUAGAGCAACAGAAGGAAAACAAAAACACUACAGAAUGAUAAGUUCAAACAGAACAAUGCAUAAGCAAACAAACAAUUGUAAUUCUUUUUCACCACAUUACACAAAAGUGGUAAACAGGAAAAAAACAGAAACAUCUUACAAUAGUUAAAUCCUCCAUGUAUAAGCACGAUUCUGUAGAUUUACAAACAUCGAUUUGCAGCCAGAUACUACAUAUAUUUAUUCUCUACCAAAAAAAAACAAGAAAUGAAAAUUUAAUACAUUCAAAACAAAACCAAGUGGGAGAGGUUGGAGAAAGAGAAGGAAAGCAUGCAAAACCAAAUGCAAAUAAUAUAUCAUAAUGAUGAAAACAAACAAAAAAAAAUUCACCUAAAUAACGAAACCAAGCAAACACACUAUAGUACACUAGAAAUAAUAUGCGUGAAAUACAUGAAGAAGAGUAUGAAACAAAAGCAGAUAAGAAUGCGAGAUGCGCGGUAGACGUUACAUAUAUGGAAGGCUAAGCAAAAUGUGAAUCAUUGAAAAAUGGAACCAGUUUGCCUGUACGCGAAGAAAGUGUGCAAGAAAAGAGGAUUGAAGAAGCAAAUACUAUGAAUAACUAAUAAUAAUAUGCAAUGUAGUGUGUGAACGCCACUUAGAAAACAGCAACAACAAGUAAAACCACCUGUAGAACUGCGGUGGACUUAAGGAGCAAAUGAAAACACAAAAAGAAAAGAAAAAAAAAAGAUAUACAAAACGGGGUGACAAAAACAAGGCGGCAGAAAUCAUUGUGAAUCAUGUUGUGAAGCAACAUGCAACAAACUAAGCAAGAUAAUGCGAUGAAGAUGUCGAUGAUCGAUCGUACAACAACAUACAUACAACAUCAAGGAAUGAUUCGAGAGAAAUACACGAAGGCUACGAGAGAACUACGGAACCCCUCGGCGAUUGUGGAUGAAAACAACAUCCACAUUAAAACAUGUCAUUAAACAUCUAAAUGAUGCUGCACCGUUGUAAAAUGGCAAGAUGACGAUUGCGUUUCUUUGGAACGUGUGUAAAGCUGCGAACAACCACGAGAGUGCUACACCGGAAACAUUGUCGAAACUUGUAAAACAGAAAAAAGCAAUAAAAAAAUCGAAAAAGUUUAA